AUGAAUUUAUUAACCACCAAUGGUGUAAAAAUUUAUAAUGUAUCAGCUGGUAAAUCAUUACCAGAGUGGUUAUCAGAAAACAAAAGAGAAGAAUUAAGAAAAAACAAAGAGUUUAAUCAAAGAAUUGAACUAAUUCAAGAUUUUCAAUUUGAAACAUCAUCACAACGUGUAAAACUAUCACCUGAUGGACAAUAUAUUUUAGCAACUGGCAUUUAUCCACCACAAUUCAAGGUAUUUGAAUUAUCACAAUUAUCAUCAAAAGUUACAAGAAAUUUAGAUUGUCAUGUAGUUCAAUUUGAGUUAUUAUCAGAAGAUUAUUCAAAACCAGUAUUUUUAAGAGAUGAUAGAUAUAUUGAAUUCCAUGCAAAAUUUGGAUCAUAUUUUAAAACUAGAAUUCCAAAAUUAGGUAGAGAUAUGACAUAUCAUAAACCAUCAUGCGAUUUAUAUAUUACAGCUUCAGAUACAGAUGUUUAUAGAUUAAAUUUAGAAGAAGGUAGAUUUUUAGCACCACUUCAAACCAACCUCAAUGGAGGUGUUAAUGUUAUUGCACAAAAUCCAGUACAUCAAUUAUUAAUGUUAGGUGGUGACAAUGGUUUUAUCGAAUGUUGGGAUCCAAGAGUUAGACAUAUGAUUUCAUCAAUUAAUGCAGCUGCUGCACUUCCAAGUUAUGAUGCUGAGGGUGAUUCAAUUUCAAUUACAGCAGGUAAAUUUGGUCCAGAUGGUUUGUUAUUGGGUUUGGGUACUUCAAAUGGUGGUGUCUUAAUGUACGAUCUUCGUUCAUCCAGACCAUCAAUGAUUAAAAAUCAUCAAUAUCAACUUCCAAUUAACUCAAUUAAUUUCCAUCUCUCUGGUGAUGGUACAACUCGUUUAUUGUCAUCAGAUGCCAAGAUCUUAAAGAGUUUCGACAAAGAUACUGGUAAAAUAUUUAUGGUACUUGAACCAAAAGCACCAAUUACCGAUGUUAUCACUACAGAUGGAUCUGGUUUAAUUUUAAUGCCAGGUAACACCCAAAAGAUUCAAACUUAUUAUGUACCAGCCCUUGGUGCUGCUCCAAGAUGGUGCUCAUUCCUCGACAACCUUACAGAAGAACUCGAAGAAGAUAAACAAUUACUUUAUGAAGAUUAUAAAUUUAUUACACGUGAUGAAGUCGUUCAACUUGAUAUCGAAAAUCUUAUUGGUACUGGCUAUCUUAAAGCACAUAUGCAUGGUUUCUUUAUUCAUAUUAAACUUUACAACAAAAUCAUUUCAACUAAAGAUAUCGACUCAUAUGAAAAUCUUAAGAAAAAAGCCAUUGAAGAAAAGAAAAAUAAAGAAACAGAAUCACGUAUUAGAGCCACCAAGAAAACCGGCCUCAAUAAGGCUCAAGUUAAAGUUAACUCUCAAUUGGCUGAACGUUUGAAGGCACAAUAUGAUAUGCAAGUUCAAGAUGGUCACAAACCAGAUAAUGCUGAAAUCACUAAGAACUCUAUGAUCGAUCCUAGAUUUGGUAAAUUAUUCACCGAAUCAAAUUUCGAACAAGAUGUAGAUAGUCAAGAAUAUAGAAUGGCCAAUCCAAGAGCUAAAAUUGCAAAAUUAGAGAAACACAUUAAAGAAAACUAUGAUAAAUUAGAUUUAGAUGAUGACGAUUCAGACCAAGACGACGAUUCAGAUCAAGAUGACGAUUCAGACGAUAAUAAUAAAGAAUCAGACGAUUACGAAAGCGAUGACUUUGAUGAAGAUGAUGAUGUUAAAUUUAAAUCAACCAAAAAAGCAACCACUACAAACAAAAAAGUUAAAAUGUACGAAAUUAAAACUGGUCACACUUUACCAUCAUUAAACAAUAAAGACUCAAAUAAACAACAUUUAUUAAAGAGUGCACCAUUUUCAGUUCGUGUUGGCAAAGAAGUUAAAAAAGCUACUGGUAUCGAUGAAAAAGAUGAAAAAGAUGGUACAAUUAUCACAAAAACUGAUAAUGGCGACUUACAAAUUAGUUUCAUACCAGGUGCUGCUAAAAAGAAAAAAGUUUUAAAUAAUAAUACAAAUAGUAAAAAAGUUACAAAAAAAAAAUAA